AAGCAACAGAACUCCCUUCGGUGCCACACUUGCAGCCACUGUCUAAUAAUGAUGGCAAUGUUAGGAGUUUUCAUCUCUCUUGCCCUCAUCCUGGGCACAGGAAAUGCAACUUCUUUGGGAACUGUGAGCACAGAGGGAGGGACGGUACAGGGAAGGAAUCUCCUUAUUGGAUACUUCCGCUAUAUGGACGUGUUCAAGGGAAUUCCCUUCGCCGCCCCACCUGACAUAUUACAGAAGCCUGUUCCUCACCCCGGCUGGGACGGUGUUCUGAAAACCACUGAGUAUGGAAACGAGUGCAUGCAGCUCAAUUCUUUUUCUACUGAUGUCGAGGGCAGUGAGAACUGUCUCUUCUUGAACAUCUGGGUCCCUCAUGGCAGCACUGUGUCUACCAAUCUGCCUGUUAUGGUGUACAUCUAUGGUGGUGGCUUCCUGCUUGGUAGUAGUCAGAGUACAGGCUUCUUGGUCAACCACCUGUACGAUGGACAGGAGAUCGCAGACAGAGGAAAUGUCAUCGUGGUGACAUUCAACUACCGUGUCGGAACCCUCGGAUUCCUCAGCAGUGGAGAUGCUGACGCACCUGGAAACUAUGGUCUGUGGGAUCAGCAUGCCGCUAUCGCCUGGGUACACAGGAACAUCAGGAAUUUCGGUGGCAAUCCAGACAACAUCACCAUCUUUGGGGAGUCAGCAGGAGGAGUCAGCGUGGGCCUCCAGAUUCUUUCCCCUAAAAACAAGGGCCUGGUCCGCAGAGCUAUCUCUCAGAGCGGUGCUGCUCUCUGUCCCUGGGCUAUCAACAGAAAUCCAAGACAGCAUGCUGAGGAGAUCGCAAGGAAGGUAGGAUGUCCCACUGAUAGCGGGAUGGUGGCUUGUUUGAGGAUGACAAAUGCAAGGUCUCUAACUCUUGCUGGCACUGUGGAUUUGUUUACAUCUGCUUCUGAACCCAUUGUAAACAAUCUGUAUCUGUCCCCCGUCAUUGAUGGAGACUUCCUCCCCAACGAGCCUGAAACCCUUUUCGGGAAUACCGCUAACAUUGAUUACAUUGUUGGAGUCAAUGACAUGGACGGCCACAUCUUUGCCACCGUUGACAUCCCCUCUAUCAACAAUGCACUGGCGUCCACCUCUGUGGAUGAGGUCAGGUCUCUCGCGAUGGCCCUGUCUGAAUCUAGAGGAGUAGAUGCCGGUAUUGCAACUUUUCAGGAGUACACAGUCAGCUGGGGUAGUGACCCUAGUGAUAAGGACAUUAAGAAAACGGUUGUGGACUUGGAGACGGACUACAUCUUCCUGGUGCCAUCCCAAGCUGCCUUGUACCUCCACUCUGACAAUGCUGUUUCAGGACGAACCUACUCCUACCUGUUCUCUGAGCCUUCACGCAUGCCUGUCUACCCGCUCUGGAUGGGUGCCGAUCACGCCGAUGACCUUCAAUAUAUAUUUGGGAAGCCUUUCUCCACUCCUCUGGGCUACUUCCCUCGUCAUCGUGAUGUCGCCCAAUACAUGAUUGCCUACUGGACCAAUUUUGCACAUACUGGUGACCCUAACAACGGUGAGAGCAAGGUUCCUGUAGCCUGGCCUGAGUUUGCCAGCAGUGGCCAUCAGUAUCUAGAUAUCCACAACAGCAUGAACAGCAACAGCGUGAAGCAGAUGUUGAGAACACGCAUGGUUUACUACUGGACUAGGGUCUUUGCCAGCUACCCUGUCGUCAAGAAGAACUGAGCACUACCAAUCUGACUGCAGAAUCAUGUAGCCAGUUAACAGUGAAUAUGCUAAGAUUCAUGCAAUAAACAAAAUAUAUGAUGAUCAAAAGAA